AUGGGGCUUAUUUUGGAGCUGUUGAAUCUUGGACCGGGAGCUGGAGGAAAUGGUCAGAGGAGUAAAGGGAGCAUUGCCGGAGAUUUGAAACAAACCCAAGGGUACCGGGCACUAAAUGAGAAUAUGGCCAAUGGCAUUGAAGAUCUUAUCGGGAUCCCAUUCCCAAACCACAGCAGUGAAGUCUUAUGUGGUUUAAAUGAGCAGCGGCACGAUGGUCUCCUCUGCGAUGUCAUCCUCAUUGUACAGGACCAGGAGUACCGGACCCAUCGGUCCGUCCUUGCUGCCUGCAGCAAGUACUUCAAAAAACUCUUCACUACCGGCACUUUAACAGACCAGCCCUAUGUUUACGAGAUUGACUUUGUCAAGCCUGAAGCACUUUCUGCCAUCCUCGAGUUUGCCUACACCUCAACCCUCACCAUCACCACCUCAAAUGUCAAGCACAUCCUCAGCGCUGCCAAGAUGCUGGAGAUCCAGUGCAUUAUUAAUGUAUGCCUUGAAAUUAUGGAGCCCGACAGAGAGGCGGAAGAGGACGAUGACAAAGAGGACGAAGAUGAUGACGAAGAUGAAGAUGAAGAGGAGGAGGAAGAGGAGGAGGAGGAGGAAGUGGAAGAUUUUGUCAAUCAGGAGAACCUAACCGAUGUCCAAGAAGUAAGCUGUCACCAAAGCCCGUCUAAGUCUGAUCUUACUGAAGAAGCAUAUACAGAAGCACCUAAAGACUUUCCAAAUCACUACCCAGCCAAUAACUCCUCUGGACACUUGGGUGUGAUACGAGACUUCUCCAUUGAGUCCUUGCUAAGGGAAAACUUGUACCCUAAGGCAAACAUCCCAGAAAGGAGGCCAGCUCUCUCUCCUUUUGCCCCUAGCUUCUUCCCCCAUCUAUGGAACGGCGAUUUUAGCUCCUUCCCCCAGCUCGAGGAGCCACAAGUAGACAACGGCCCCUUGGAUCUGGUGAUCAAAAAGAGGAAGAUCAAGGAAGAGGAGGAGAAGGAAGACCUGCCUCCACCUCCUUUCCCUAAUGACUUCUUCAAGGACAUGUUUACCAACACCCCAGCAGCUCCCUUAGGGCAUAUUAAGGCAGAGACUGACUACAGCGCUUAUCUCAACUUCCUAAGUGCUACCCAGUUUGGAGGAGUUUUUCCCCCAUGGCCCCUGGAGGAAGAGAGGAAGAUAAAGCCCAAGGCAUCCCAGCAAUGUCCCAUCUGUAACAAAGUCAUCAUGGGGGCCGGCAAGCUGCCCAGGCACAUGAGGACCCACACGGGAGAGAAGCCGUAUAUGUGCAAUAUCUGUGAAGUCCGCUUUACCAGGCAGGACAAGCUCAAAAUCCACAUGCGGAAGCACACGGGGGAGCGGCCGUACCUGUGCAUCCACUGCAAUGCCAAAUUUGUGCACAACUACGACCUGAAGAACCACCCAGCGGCGUGGAGGGCGGCCGGCUUGCUCUUUGCUCCCAGUGGUCCGCCGGUGGAGAAGAGCUUCAUGAUGCCGCCAACUUUGGAGGAGAUGAGUGGCCACCUUGGCGGCGCGGCCAUGUGCCUUCCUGGCCCCAGCCCCAAGCACUUUUUGAGCGGGGCCAAGACCGCCUUCAGCCUGCAGGACCUGGAGAGCCAGUUUGAAGAAACCCAGAUGAAGCUCUUCAGGCGAGCCCAGCUGGACAUGGAGAGGAAUGCAGGCAUCUUCACCUUUGCCCUGGGCCAUAACGAAAACCUUGCUGCCCAACCCUUCUUCCCCCUUCCCGAUCCUUGGAACACAGGCUUCAGCGGCUUGGCGGGGCUCGGCCACGUGGCUCCCAUCUCAGAGGCGAGCAACUAA